AAUUAGUUCAAUGUUAAAGUAUUGUUUGACUAUACAAAAAAAAUAACACGAAACAUUUAGACACAAUCAUGAUGAUACAUAUAGAUCAUUGAUUGGUUAAUACUAAUAAAUUGUAGUAUAUACGAAAUGAUCCAUGAAAAAAAUAGAUAUAAACUUUAAAAUUUCAAAGAAAAAAGACAAAACAAAAUCAAAAAUGGUUAUUUUAUGGAUUAUUCAUUAUUACUAAUGUAAUCAUUUCUUCAAAAAAAUAAACAAACUAUUUCUUCAUUGUUUCUAUGCAAUAUAAACAAAUAUAUAAAUGUUUCAUUCAUUUUUUUCGCUGAAAUAUGAAACAAUAUUCGUUUUUCAAAACAAUAAAGGAAUUAUAAUAAUUAAUUUUAAAAAUUAUUCAUAUUAAUAUUUAGUAUAAAAUAAUGUUCAAUGUAUUCAAUCUUAUAGAAAUUAAUUGGCGCUUAAAUUUCAUUUAAUUUGUUUUAAUUAUAUUUGAUUACGAAUAAAAGAAAUAAUAUUAGUUUGAUUUAAUCAUAUAAAAUUAACGAUGGAUAGAGAGUUAAUCAAAUGUAAUUCACAAGUAAACAAUAAUACAAAUAAUGAAAUGAAUAAUAAUACCAUUACUAUUACUUCUACAAACAGUGAAUUGCCAAAAUAUUCUGGAAGACAUUUAGCUAUUGCUGAUGAAUGGAUUCAAGCAACUGAAGCAAGAUAUGAUUCAAUGGAAAAUUUAUUACAAUCAGUACGUCAUGAUAUAGAUGUAUUAACAGAACGUUUAGAUCAGACAACACCAACAUCACCUGAACUUAUAAGACCAACAACAACAACAACGGUAAAGAUUGGUAAUAAACAAACUAGUAUUGAAGAAAAAAGCUCACCAUCAAAAUUGGAACAGUUAAAAGUAUCAUCAUGUCCACUUCAAAAAGAAAUAAGUCAAUCUUCAUUAGUAUCUCAUCAAAAGGAUUUAUCAGAUAACUUAAAAUGUAUCCCUGAAAAGAACUAUUAGGUCUAAUGGCUGACAAAGAUGAGUUUAUGGAUAUACGGAUCCGUCCAAUAAAAAAUCGACUUUCCAACUCCAACGAGGAUAAAUUAUUUGAUUCUAAUAAUAUUCGUCAAUUUAAUGAUAAUCAUGAUGAUAUUAAUCACUACAAUAAUACUACUACUACUGCUAAUAAUAAUGAAUGUAGUAUUGGGGAAGAUAAAUAUUUAACAAAAACAUGGAGAUCACCAUCUGAUUUCAAUCUACAUGAUCCAUUCUACGAUAAUUCAUACGGUUUCACCAAUGAACCUUAUGAUAAUUGUAAUACUAACAACGCUAAUCAGCUUAGAACCAUGCAUUAUGUUAAAAUUAGACAAAUGGAAAGUAGCCAUAGAAUAAAUGAUGACAUUAAUAAUGACGAUGAUGAUGAUGAAGUUAUUGAAUAUAAUUUCCCUUCACAUGAUCACCAUUCCAUGAUAGAAACUGAUUUGGAUGAUUAUCAACCAGAUAAGCAAGAGAAUAGUACUACAGAAUCGGAGGACAGUUUGUCACCUGCUAUAUCACCAACAUUUGGUAAUUUAGCCUCAGACGAAAUCAAAUUACAAAAUAUGAUUAUAUCAAAUAAUGAUACAAUUACGUUAUCAAUCAGUAAUAAAUAUUUGACUGAAAAUAACAAUGAUGUGAAUAAUAGAAAUUCAAAUAGUGAGGAUUUUAAAGUCUAUGAUAAUGGGCAUUCAUUAACUACAAUUGAUGAGGCUUCGGAAGAGAACGAUGAUGAUGACUGGUCGUCAUAUGAACAUGAAAUUUCUAUAAAUAAUGGCAACAGUAAUAAUACUACUGAAAAACCCAUGGAAGAUAUUAAGAUUUCAAAACCUUCGUUUGAAUAUUACAAAGAUGAUAAAAUACCAAUAAAUCAAUUAACAAAUCAGGGAUUUAAAUCAUCCUGUACCGACAGUAAUGAUAAUAAUACUGAUAGGCAGGAGCAUAUUAUAAGACAAAAUGAAAAUGUUAAUCAAAUUGCUUUAGUUAAUCGACAGCAACAAAUUGAGACGAUAAAAUAUAAUAUCGAUAACAACAAUAGCAAAACUAAUUCAUUCGUAUGUAAUGAAAAAUGUAUAAGUACAAGUGAAUACAGUCAACAAUCACCUAAUAUUGUUCUAUUACGACCUAAAAAAAUAGAUAAUUCAUGUAUAACUACAAGUAAUUUUAAAUCACGACCAGUUUCAGCUGAAAUUCGUAAUAUUAAUAUCACUAAUAGCAAUAAAAAACUAGAAAAGUCACAUUCUGGUUCUUUAACUUCUAUGCUAUCAACAAUAAGUCAAGAAGGUGUUAUCAGUGAAGCUGAUUCCUAUGUAACUGUAUGCAGUAAUCUAAUUGGUACAGGCAGUGAGGAAGCUUAUAUAACAGCACAGAGUGAUUCAGAUGCAUUCAAUGAACAAACAUUAUAUACAAAUUCUCACACAGAUGAGGAAAAUGAUUACCAAACAUUAUCAUGUAAAAAAGUUAAAACAUUGUCUUGUCGUAGUCAAAAACGUAAAUAUAUUACCGAUCCAGGUCUGGAUAGUCAGUCAGCAUCGGAUUUAGAAAAUGAUAAUGAGACUAUUUUAGAUUCAACGUUAACCACAUCGACACCAGUAACAGUUACGCCGAAAUUUACUAAAUUACCAUCCAAAUUAAUUGCAUCCUCUGAAAAUGCUGUCGAAUUAAAACAAAAUGAUAAUGAAACAUUUGAUGAAAAAACAUAUAUUAUGGAUAGUAAUAAUAAUAAUGGUAAUUUAUGCGAUAUGCAUAAAUAUGAAGCAUUAUCAAUAAAUGUUAAAGGUUCGAAUUUUCGAUGAGUCAUUAUUCUUGACAAAAGAACAUUCACAAAAGAAUACAGGGAUAAAACUUGGAAGUAUAUCGUCAAGACGAUAACAACUGUUUGAAUUUUAUACUUUCAAGCUUUAAUCAACAUUAUGGAAUCCUAAAAAAAUGUUUAUAUGUAUAUAUAAAUUUGACCUGCUGACCAUCACUAUGUAUACUUUUUUUUAAUUUCACUUUUAUUGAAUUAUUCACUAUACGACAUACACCGGACACGAAAACUAAGUAAUUACAUACUUGGUUGCCAACAUCUUUUAAGGUAAAAAAAAAUAUGGG